GUUGGAUUACGAUGCGCGGAACAUCAACGAUCACCUUUUGAGGGAAAUGAUGCUCACCUACAACUCCACAAGGCUGCUUCAUAUAAGAAUUGGAUUUCAAUAUUGGAAUCUUCAGAUUUCCGAAAGACUACAUUUCUCUCAACGGGAAGUACGGAAAAACUUUACUCACACCCAUUCGUCAAAGAAACAAGAUAUAUCUUAAUAAAUCUGGCAACGGAAAUUGCAGAAAACUCCAAAAAUAUUGGAUUGUUGGAUAAUAUUCUCAGAAUUUACUCAAAUGACGAAAAUAUUUUUACCGACUUCGUCAAUUCAGCUGUUGGAGAUCAAGCUGAACUCAUGAUGAUGAAUAAUAAACUGAAUACACAUCACAAGUGUGCCACCUACGCUACGAAAUUUUCUCAACUUUAA